AUGUGCACCACGUACAUUGCUAAGGAAGAAGUCAAAAUCACAGAGAUCGACGAUAUUGUUGAUGAUAUCGCCAAAACAUGGACGGGCAAUCUCCGAGGCGGAAUCAGUGCUGCUACGAAUGAAAACUCCAUUGUCAAGUAUCAAGCAGCAGCCAAAGGCGCAACUAACCCUGCAAAGAAGUUGGAAGAUGUCGGCAGUAAGGUAAAAUCUGGGGCGCAGCUCAAGCCUCUGAACACAGCCUCAGGAAAAUGGAAGAGUGCAUUCGACAAGUUGAAGGCAUCUGGGCAACUCGGAAACAUUGACAAGAAGCAGGCCGCGAAACUAACGGAGCGUGUUGCUCAAGAGGUCGUGAAGAAUCCCUCAAAGUGGCGCUACCUUAAGAUAGCUCUCGCGAUUACAUUCGGCGUAGGCUUCACGGGACUCGUUGCUGCAAGCAUCAACGCAAUGGUAUUGUAGGUGGCAGAUUGUGUUUAAUCUGGGAUGACCAACGUGGAUAAAGGAAUGCUCAGGUAUGUUUCUUGUGGAAACACUCGAUGCAAUUAAAUUCGUUAUAACACAUGAUGCUGCUCGCA